AUGUUUCAAAGACGGGGGACCUAUCUACAGCGCCUGUCCAAACUGUACUCCGAUACAAAGCAAUCCUAUGAAAGUGCAAAGGUUGCAACCAACACCACUGAUCCACCUGAUGUGAGAGACUUGAGACGCGACUUUCAGAUCCAACAGGAUCGUUUAUUAGCAUGGGGUAUGCACUGGACCGAUGUAGGGCCUCAAACCCCUGGCCAACAAAUCGAUGUGGAUAUCGACAAGAAAAUCGACCAGGCCGGCUUGGGAGAAGUCGUCGCCAGUGUCAUGUCCGAGAUCAAACGACUCCUGGAAGAAAGUGGCAGACUUGAGCACCCGGAACGAUAUGAAAUGAAGCAAUCCGGAAAAUCCAUGAGGGGUCCUGGUUCUAGUCCCGUGGCUCAACGUAAGGACUGGACCAGUCACGAGGUCCAAACUGGAAGGGCUCUACUCGACCAGCUGACCAACUGCAUCGAUGUUCUCUACAGUCUAUCCGAGUCAAGGAUGAAGGGUGAUGAAGAGAAGGGCGACGCUAAGCGCAUCAAGCAUUCUCACCAACCUUCUGAUGGCACCGAUUAUGCCCACCUGUUUGAUCAUCCACUACAUAUCGACUUCUCAACCCUCGAAUUCAAUGCCUACUUCUCCGACACAGCUGACCCUCCUCCUUACGAUUCCAAGGAAGGUUCAACCACUCCACGAGACCGUUCUAUCGCUUAUUAUCACACCGCUAACCAACCCGUCAUUGUCGAUUAUCUCACCGCCGACUGUCCUCCAUAUGUUGUUGGAAGUGCGGACGAUGUCUUUGAACUUCAUGAACUGGGAGGAAAUCUAUGCAAAAACAGAAACUUGUCAUGGUGCGGUCACCUGCGAUUACUCGGUUUCACCGUCGAUCCAAACGGGCCACGCUGUGGGAUGGUAUAUGGCUUACCAGAGGGACAUGACUCCAAGACCCUUCAACACCAACGAACUCUUACAUCUCUCAUUUCAAAUCCCAAUGCACAAGAUUCUGGACAACCCGCACUUGAAGAUCGUUUUCGACUAGCCUAUAACUUGGCCCUCUCCGUCAUGGGUUAUUUCUCCCAAGGAGAAACCCAUCAAUAUAUCAAUAGCAGCAACAUUAUCUUGAUCGGCUCCAACGAUCAAAUGCAUCGAUCGAAUCCUCACAAGGAAAUGCGAUCCCCAUAUCUACUCCAGUCUUGCCAAGAUUUCGUCUCAAGGCUACAAGAGGAAGAACCUUUCGCGGCUUCCAUAUACCGACAUCCAGAUCAUGACAUUCAUGCAGCAGAGACCGUCCCAGCCUAUGAUAUCUACAGUCUAGGCUUAUUGUUACUAGAGAUUGGUCUUUGGAUUCCUCUCGCCAAAUUGUGGAAACCAAAAUACAAUCGUGGCAUCUUUAUGGAACGUGUUCAACGCAUUUAUUCGCAAAAGUUGUCGCCAAAGUGUGGGAGCAAGUACAUGCGAGUGGUACAAAAGUGUCUACAAGCCCCAUCAGAACUGCAAUACCGCAACAACUAUGAAGAUGCUGGAGCUUUCCUCCUACAGAUAGCCAAAGACCUUCAACAAUGCUGUGUGCUUGACGAAGAUGGACCACCACCUGUCUCUGACAUUGAAGUCUUUGAACUCCUUAUCAUUGAGCAAAUGUGCAAGGCGGAAGAAUUGGCUGCCGCCGAGGAGAAAAAGUCAUCCUUGGUCUCGGACAGGGUUGAAGAUAGACCCGAACUUCCCAAACGGGCAAACUCAAAACGCAAGGCAGAUGCAAUCCAACAGAAGGUCACAACACCACAAGUACCACUGAAGAAGUGGCCUGAUGUGGAUAUUCCACAAGAGGAUCUUGAUCAAUGGAAUACUGUUCUCAUGCCCAAGCUUGGCAAGAUGUUGAACACAGCUUUGAAAGAUACUCCUGAAUCAUGCAGCCUGAGUCUCAUGAUGUUCGGUAGUAGUCCAGAGAGCGCCAAAACCACCAUCUGUGUACAAUGCGCACAGAUCAAUAAAGUCCGCGACGUCCUGCGAAAACGUUUCCGACCAAAGAAAGGUUGGGGCGUCGUCAUACUCAAUGGUGAGGUGAGAAGGAGUGGACAAAGGAGACGACCUAGAAGAUCUGGGUACAAUUCCAAGUCUCAAAAUCGCCGCGCUAUUGCUCGGAAACCUAGAGAACAAAAAUACCAGGUUCACCCAUCGAAUGGAGCCAGUAUUGGUGCAUUCAAAGACCACGAACAUCUUCCACCAGUUUCAUUCGGCGGCACCAUCCUUGUCGAUGGCGAUCCUUUCGGACUGACUGUUCACCACAUGCUUGACCUCCCUAGUGAUGAUGAGGAAGAUGAGGACAACCAAGAUUUGACUCACGACCAUCCCAAAAGGGCAGCAGCUCCUGCACGAACCAUACCUGGUCAGUUUGAUUCAUCAGCCGAUGUACGUUUUAUGCAAUCUGAGGAAGAUCUCUCCAGGUUUUCCGAUUUUGAAAUUUCUGACGACGAAUACGAAGGCAGUGAUGAUGAUAGUGACACCAGUACGAUCCGUCCCGAUUAUGCCAUCAUGGAUGCUGAUGGAAAUGAAUUCUGGUUCCUAGAAGAUUCACCACCUGAACUUGACGAUGAUGACUCCGAUGACGAUGGAUCUUCCUCAUCAUCCGAUGAUGUUGAUGAUGCUGCAUCAAUUGGCGACAAAGUUGGCAUUGCACCAUAUACUGAUGACGACUUCUGUGUGACCCAGCCCGCUAUUGACGAUGUGGAUGAUGAUUUCUUUCCCAGCGAAGAAGACAGAGAUGAUGACCAUCUGGCUAGCCAUUCCUUCGGUUACGUCUUCGCCACUAGUGGGAUUCGCCGUGUCAAGAGAGGUGAAAUGAAACAUGAAGUAGAUUGGGCUUUGAUUCGUGUACAUGGAGACAGAUUGAAAGUGGAGAACACCAUUCGUGAACAGACCACUCCUUCUGGUACAACACCUCAGCGAGGUCAAUCAACAACUCGAGACUCUUCAAGACAAAGUGAAUCCGAAAAUCUACCAGUCCUCACUUCAGUAACCCCACUUGCAAGGCUCUCUGGCCUACAUGUUCACUGCCGGGGUCGCUCAUCGGGCUUCAAGAAAGGUCGCAUCUCCCAGGCCAUGGCACUUGUCAAACUCCAUGGUCGACAAUCUUUCAGUACGAGUUGGUGCGUGGAAGGUGGGUUUGGCAUACCCGGUGACAGCGGCGCCUGGGUCUAUGAACCUGUGUCUGGCGGAUUAUGUGGUCAUGUCCUAGCCUGGGGCGACAAGAGCAAGACCGCAUACAUCGCACCAAUGGAAGUUCUUUUCGAAGACAUCAGAACACGUCUUGGUGUGAGUACUGUCGAGUUACCCGUGCCAUGCAGACCUGGAGUUGGAUCCAACAAACUCACCGGGGCGCGACAGGAUGAAAGUUCUUCUGCGCGCAACAGCGCUUCUGCUGAGUUGGCCAUGACGCUACGCAAUCUGAGGAUCGACGGUGGUGGUAAUCCUGGUGUUCAGGACACGAAGAUAAGCGUCACGAGUAAAGGCGCUGGUGCGAGUUCAGACCCACGAGAUGUUGGAGGUGUACGGCCGCUGUUCAUGGCUGGCACGGUGUCUUGA